UCUCUAUCUCUCUCCCUCUCUGGCGCGUUUUCAUCACGAUCGGCUUCGAUUUUUCUUACAGCCGAGUUUGCGUUUUUAUCUAAAAGGAUGAGCGUUGCGAAAUCUCAGGUAUAGCAGCCAUGCAAGAAGAAGCGUUCCUUAAGCCAAUAACCCAAUAGCGAUCUUUGGAGAUAUAGAUAUAGAGAUAGAGAUAGAGAGAGAUGGCUUCUCGAACAACACCUUCGCGAUCCACUCCUUCUCGAUCGACACCUUCAGGUAGUAGUAGUAGUAGUAGUUCGAUUAGUAGGACACGAGUGGGUAAGUACGAGCUUGGGAGAACACUUGGUGAAGGAACCUUCGCUAAGGUCAAAUUCGCUAGGAACGUCGAGAAGGGAGAGAGAGUGGCUAUCAAGGUUAUUGAUAAAGAGAAGGUUCUGAAGAACAAGAUGAUCGCUCAGAUUAAGCGUGAGAUCUCGACCAUGAAGCUGAUCAAGCACCCAAAUGUCAUCCGCAUGAUUGAGGUGAUGGCUAGCAAGACUAAGAUCUACUUUGUGUUGGAACUUGUUACUGGUGGAGAGCUUUUCGAUAAAAUUUCAAGCACUGGGAGAUUGAAGGAAGAUGAGGCGAGGAAGUACUUUCAGCAGCUUAUUAAUGCAGUGGACUAUUGCCAUAGCAGAGGUGUUUAUCAUAGAGACCUUAAGCCCGAGAAUUUGCUUUUGGAUGCAAACGGGACUCUCAAAGUUUCUGAUUUUGGACUGAGUGCACUUCCUCAGCAAGUCCGAGAGGAUGGGCUACUUCACACAACAUGUGGAACACCCAAUUAUGUUGCUCCAGAGGUAAUCAACAACAAAGGUUACGAUGGAGCUAAGGCUGAUCUGUGGUCUUGUGGUGUGAUCCUCUUCGUCUUAAUGGCUGGUUACUUACCUUUCGAAGAUUCUAAUCUCACGUCACUAUACAAAAAGAUAUUUAAAGCCGAAUUUACGUGCCCGCCUUGGUUCUCAGCAAGUGCUAAGAAGUUAAUUAAAAGGAUUCUCGAUCCUAAACCAGCAACGAGGAUAACAUUUGCUGAAGUCAUUGAAAAUGAGUGGUUUAAGAAAGGGUAUAAGGCUCCUAAAUAUGAGAACGCUGAUGUCAGCCUUGAUGACGUUGAUGCAAUCUUUGAUGAAUCAGGGGAGUCUAAGAACCUUGUUGUGGAGAGGAAAGAAGAAGAACCUAAAAACCCAGUAACUAUGAAUGCUUUUGAGCUCAUCUCAACCUCCCAGGGUCUCAAUCUGGGCUCACUUUUCGAAAAACAAAUGGGACUUGUAAAACGAAAAACUCGAUUUACUUCGAAAUGUUCGGCUAAUGAUAUAGUCACAAAAAUUGAGGCUGCAGCAGGGCCUUUGGGGUUUGAUGUCAAGAAAAACAACUACAAGAUGAAGCUGCUAGGAGAGAAAUCAGGGCGCAAGGGUCAGUUAGCAGUUGCUACUGAGGUUUUUCAAGUAGCUCCAUCGCUUUACAUGGUUGAAAUGCGAAAAUCAGGUGGUGACACGUUGGAAUUUCACAAGUUUUACAAAAACCUUACCACGGGUCUUAAGGAUAUUGUUUGGAAAACAAUCGACGAAGAGAAAGAAGAAGGAACUGAAGGUAAAGCAUCAGGUGGUACUACUAAUGGUACCGUGGCUGCUUCUUGAUACCGGGAAAUAAUCAGUCUGCGUUUUAUUUUAUUUUUAAAUAGAAGAUUUUGUUCGUUUAAUAUUUUACUUUAGUACUGGGUGGGUUUUGAAGUUAUACAAGCGUUAAACAAGUGGAGUAAAGCUUAAAGUUUGAAAACCAUAAUGGGGGAGUGCUUUUUUUUUUUUUAUAAUACCAAAUCUUGUUUGAUUGAUUGAUUCCUUGGAAUGUUGUGAAUAGCAUAUGCGUGUGCGAAUACAUAUUUGGUUGGUUUGAGAA